ACUCUUCUUAUAUGUCAUCCAAACUUCGUGAAAUUCAUUCCAUUUUCAAUCUAGUCGCAGUUGCUCCAUUUCACUGAUCGGAGUAGAAUUACGACACCAGCAUUCUCAGAGAGUUUUUUUAGUGAGAUAGAAAAUCAGAAACAUGCCUUGCUUGAAUGUAUCAACGAACGUGAACUUGGAAGGGGUGAACACUUCUCCAAUCCUCUCUGAAAUCUCUAAAGCUGUUGCCAACAUCAUUGGUAAACCUGAAGCUUAUGUUAUGGUUCUACUGAAAGGAUCAGUCCCUAUGUCAUUCGGCGGGAGUGAAGAGAACAGCGCAUUUGGUGAGCUAACAUCUAUUGGAGGUCUUAAUGCCGAUGUAAACAAGAAACUGAGUGCCGCGAUUGCAGCAAUUCUCGAAGACAAGAUCUCUGUGUCCAGAUCUCGCUUCUUUAUCAAGUUCACUGACACAAAGGCAAGCAGUCUAAAACUCCUCGGAGAUCUACUUUGGCAUAUGUUGCGUAGUCAUUCAUUUAGUCAUUGGUCUGAUGGAUGCUUACACCAACAUUAGAAAAUGUUGAGAAUACCAUUCAGUGUUUCAAAACCACCAGGUUCCAACUUUGGAUGGAAUGGGUCCACUUUCUAAAGCCUUUCUGGUAUCUUAAAUCUCUUAUAAUGUGAUUAGGUUUGAUGCAUCCUUCCUCUCGAGACUAAAACCUGUGUAUCUAUUUAGCCAGCUUUUAUGAUUGGGAUAAAUUCUCUGUUCUAAAAUCUAAUUUCUAAAACGUAUAAGAAUCUAGAGAUGUUAUUAUUAAAGCAUACUCAUUUUCCUAGGUUC